GUCGUGGCAUUUGUAUCAAAAUAUCAAAACAUCAAGUUACGUGCAUUUCGUAGCUCCAAACCGAUCGAAACACAGAAGUUUGGAUCAUUUUGAUGCGAACCCAACCUAAGUUCAAGUUCAUAGCGGUAUCGAAGGCUGCAACGUUGUGUUCCGUCCAUCCCGAGCACCAUGAGUAAAUCGAUCGAAAAUGAGGAAAUCGUACAGGCCAUUUUGAUAGCCGAUUCAUACAAUGACAAUUUUCUCCCAUUUACGAGCGCGUCGCCGUUGGCGCUGCUGCCGAUUGUAAAUGUGCCACUGAUCGAGUACACCCUCGAAGUGCUGAAUCGGCAUGGCGUGGAGGAGGUGAUCAUAUUUUGCAGCAACCACAGCAAUGAAGUGAAACGAUUCAUCCAUCAACGACAGGCGGAAAAGUGCACCUGGUCGAUGAACAUGACGAUCACGAUCAUCAGCUCGGAGUCGUGCCGGUGCUUGGGAGAGGCACUCCGCGAUCUUGAAGCGCGCCACAUCAUCCGGGGUAAUUUUAUUCUGCUUGGGGUGGACAGUGUCACCAACGCUAACCUGACAACGCUGCUCGAGGAGCACAAGCGUCUGUUAAAGAUGGAUCGAGGUGCGGCGAUGACGGUCGUAUACAAGGAUACCGUGCAGCGGUUGCGCACCGGCAACGAGGUGAUGAUCGUGAUGGAUACCUCGACGCGCCGAUUGCUUCACCAUCAGCGGUUAACGCAGCAGCAGCAGCAAAAAGAGCGUAAUUUCGAGCUUCCGCUGGAACUGUUCGUGUCGAACCGGAACGUUACGGUGUACCAUGGGUUGCUCGAUCCACAGAUCGCAAUCUGUAGCCAUGCCGCAUUGCCCCUGUUCGCGGAUAACUUUGACUUCCUGACGCGCGAUGAUUUUGUGAACGGAGUUUUGAUUAACGAGGAAAUUCUCAACAGCCGCAUCUACGUGGCUAAGCUGGGCCGGGAGGAGUACGCGCAGCGCGUGUGCAACUGGCAGACGUACCAUAUGGUUUCGCUGGACAUCAUGAACCGCUGGGUGUAUCCGCUUGUGCCGGACAUGGCCAUUAGUCAGGUGUGCCCGUACUAUAAGUACUAUCGCAACAACAUCUAUCGCCAUCGAAACGUGCACUUGAGCCGGUCUUGCGAACUGGACGGUGAUCUGGCGGUUGCCGAGAACAGUAAAAUCGAGGAGGACACCUUCAUUCGCCAGUCCGUGAUCGGGCGUGGCUGCAAGAUUGGGCGCAAGUGUCGUAUUCGGAACAGUUUCCUCUUCGACGGCGCUAUCGUUGGUGACAAUUGUGUGCUCGACCAUUGCAUCAUCGCCAGUGGUGCCUCGGUGGGCACCGGAUGUCAUAUCAGUGACGGAGCGGUGCUCGGGGAGCGUGUAGAGUUACCGAGUGGAAUGACGGUUAAGAAGGUUCUGGUGCAAGCGGACAAACCAGACGACGAGUGGGGAGAGGGGUCGCAAAAGCUGGCCGAGCGAGCGUACACCGUACCAGAGGAACAGCCAGACGAAUCCGACGACUCGGACGAUGACGUAGAGGUGCGAGAAUUGUUUAAUCAGCCAGCUUUGGUUGCUCCGUUGCGUUCGAUUUACUCCCCGUCCAUCUACCAGCUGUCGGACGAUGAAGGGGCCAGUGGUGUGCCCAGCCCGGUGCAAGAGGAUUCUAGCAUCUUUCUUUCGGAGGUGGUGGAAUCACUCAAGCGCGGUCUAGCUGAGCAGACCAAUGCCGAGUAUCUAAUAUUGGAGAUCAACUCGUCGCGCUAUGCGUACAACAUGUCGCUCGGUGAGGUGAAUUUUUACGUGGUGAAAGCAAUCUUGCAGAUUCUGGUCGUUCAGGAGGGUGUGGCGACGAACACAGUCGGCAUGCUGCGCAAGCUGCUCGCAUAUUUCGGCAUCGUCUUCAAGAACUACAUCCGCGACAAGGACGCUAUGCUCGACUGCUUGAAGGCGUUCGAGGAGAUGUCCCAGUCGUACGAAAUUAUUCGUGCAAAACUCGUACAACUGAUGCACUUUCUUUACGAGGGCGAUCUGGUAAGCGAGGAGGUUAUCAUCCGCUGGUACGAUGGAGUCGAGGAUGAAUCGCUCAGAAGCGCAUUCGCUAAAUUUGUGGAAUGGCUUAAUGAGUCUAGUGACGAUGAGGACGACGACGAGGAUUAGGGUGGAGUACAUAUGUGACUGACGCAAUAUGAACCUUGAAAAAGUUAAUAAAAAUCCCAUCGUUGUCGUAAAACU